AUGUACCAGACAGGAAGCUGACAUCAGACGAGGAGGAAGCCAAGCGGAUCGCGGAGAUGGGGAAACCGGUGCUGGGGGAGCACUCCAAGCUGGAAGUUAUUAUUGAGGAAUCAUACGAGUUUAAGAGCACAGUGGACAAGCUGAUCAAGAAGACCAACCUGGCUCUGGUGGUGGGAACAAACUCCUGGAGAGACCAGUUCAUGGAGGCCAUUACAGUCAGCGCAGAUGAGGACGAGGAGGACACGGGGGAAGAGCGUCUGCCGUCCUGUUUCGACUACGUCAUGCACUUCCUCACCGUCUUCUGGAAGGUCCUGUUCGCCUGCGUUCCUCCCACCGACUACCUGAACGGCUGGGCCUGUUUCGUGGUCUCCAUCAUCAUCAUCGGCCUGCUCACGGCCGUCAUCGGCGACCUGGCGUCCCACUUCGGCUGCACCAUCGGCCUCAAGGACUCGGUCACUGCCGUGGUGUUCGUGGCACUCGGCACGUCCGUCCCAGACACCUUUGCCAGUAAGGUAGCAGCGGUCCAGGACACCUACGCAGACGCCUCCAUCGGGAAUGUGACCGGCAGCAACGCCGUCAACGUCUUCCUGGGAAUCGGCAUGGCCUGGUCGGUGGCGGCCAUCUACUGGCACAUGAAAGGGAAGCCGUUCGUGGUGGAAGCCGGCUCGCUGGCCUUCUCCGUCACCCUCUUCACCAUCUUCGCCUUCCUGGCCGUGUCGGUGCUGCUUUACCGGCGCCGGGCCCACAUCGGGGGAGAACUGGGCGGGCCCCGGGGACACAGACUGGCCACGUCAGCCUUCUUUUUCAGCCUCUGGUUCCUUUACAUCCUCUUCUCCAGUCUGGAGGCCUACUGUCAUAUAGAGGGCUUCUAAACAGCAAAGACUCGAGUGUGACGGAAUCAAAAGCGUACAGGGGUUUAAAGUACAACUUGAGUGAAUUCUCACUACGGAAUUUGGGUCAGUCUUGUAUGGUAUGAAAGGACAGGAGAGGUAAACCCGGGGUUUCCCUCGACGCCUCCCUCCCUCUCCCUCGCUCUCUCCCUCAACCCCUCCUGUAAGGAUGCUUGGAGGUGUGAAUCCUGCCCUCUAGUGCCGAACAGGCCUGGCUGAUACGAAAGCGGCCCGAGCUAGUGUGCUUACAGUUGGGAUUGGGUUACCACCGAAGUCCAGAAGACGCCGAUGCCAAGAGGUGGUCCCGCAUUCCACUGGAAGAGGCUGCAGUCUUAUAAAACGGAGAGAGUUGAGUCAAUCAGAGGUCUAUAUUUUUCUCAACAUCUGACGAGAACGACUUUUUUAGAAAAAAAAAGUAUUUUGGGGAUAAAAACGCAAAAAAUAAACCAAACAAAAAAAAAAAAAUACAAAUCAACACUCACACACAUGCAGACACACAAAGAGGAAUCAAAGAACUAUUUUCUGAUCUAUGUUAAGGAAUAGCAUAAAAGAUUAUAUCGAAAUAUGUUGUUGAGUGACGGCGGGAUGGAUUCAUAGUAUUUAUUUUUAUUUGCAUAGUUUCCUAAGGAGCACUGCAGAGUUCUCAGAAAUCACACGAAGAAGAAGAAGACGACGACGACGACGAGGAGCGACAGUGACAGUUCACACUGGCAGACGAAUCACCAUUCAAACAGGAGACGAGGUGAACACAGUGAACAUAGUCAAACUGCCCUGAACAUUACUUCCGUACUCUAAACGUAUCUAUAUAUAAUAUAUUUCCAUAUUUUCUGUAUAUUUUGAAUAUUUGUUUAAAUGUGGUCACCUUCUGCUCUAACAGAGGAUUGCUGUGGCUAAGCGGGAGGGGAGGGAGGGGUUAUAACUAUAUACUGGAACGAUGUCUUCACAUUUCUAAGAGUUAUGUAUCUUGCCUAGGUAAAAGUAUGACAUUGUAUUUUAUUUAUUUACUGAUAUCUUGGUCUCACUCGAGUUUUCACCUUUUCAAUCAGAAAUCCGAACAAGAAAAAGU